CACAAUGGGGCUCCGGCUUCACGCGCUAUUUCUCCUCCAUUGUUGCUGUAAAGUAGUCGCGUAAUAUUAAUAGUCAUGAAUAUAAAUGAUGAUGAGGCGGUGCAGAGAGACUGAGGGAAGGGGCAAGUUGCAGGCAGUGUGUGUCUCGCCUUGGGUGGAACAGGAGGAAGAGCCGGAGCUCACAGGCACCAGGAUACUUUCAAGAAACUAGAGAACAAUACACAGUUUCCUAUUUUUUGGGGGGACAUAUUUUGAUGGAUAGUCUUGGAAUUAUCUCCAGCAGCGUCGCCCAAUUCCUCAGUCUUUUCAUUUGAUUUAACCGUUUGCAAAGCUCCCCUCUCCCUCCGCACAAAUGUUAGUCCACACCUAUUCUGCCAUGGACCGCCAUGAUGGUGUCCCCAGUCACAGCUCCAGGCUCUCCCAGUUGGGAUCUGUCUCCCAAGGACCCUACUCAAGUGCCCCUCCACUGUCUCACACCCCCUCCUCGGACUUUCAGCCUCCCUAUUUCCCCCCUCCAUACCAGCCACUUCCUUAUCACCAGAGCCAAGACCCCUACUCUCAUGUCAACGACCCCUACUCACUGAACCCCCUGCACCAGCCCCAGCAGCACCCAUGGGGACAAAGGCAGAGGCAAGAUGUGGGCUCAGAUACUGGAUCCUUGUUGCCCCAGCCCAGGGCUUCACUCCCCCAGCUUUCUGGACUGGAUCACAGGAGGGACUACCACUCAGUCAGGAGACCAGAUGUCCUUCUACAUUCAACCCACCAUGGCCUGGACUCUGGAAUGGGGGACAGUCUGUCUCUGCAUGGACUUGGACACCCAGGAAUGGAAGAUCUCCAGUCGGUGGAAGAUGUGAAUAAUGCCAUGAACCUGCUGGACCAGUCUGUCAUCAAAAAAGUGCCAGUCCCACACAAGUCCGUCACUUCUCUGAUGAUGAACAAGGACGGAUUCCUGGGCGGGAUUUCAGUGAAUGCCGGAGAGGUUUUCUGCUCAGUACCGGGUCGCCUGUCUCUGCUCAGCUCCACCUCUAAGUACAAAGUGACCGUGGGGGAGGUACAACGACGCCUGUCCCCUCCCGAGUGUCUCAAUGCCUCCCUCCUGGGCGGGGUCCUGAGAAGAGCAAAAUCAAAAAACGGUGGUCGAUCUCUGAGGGAGAGAUUAGAGAAAAUCGGGUUGAAUUUGCCCGCAGGCCGGCGCAAGGCAGCCAAUGUCACCCUCCUGACCUCCCUGGUGGAAGGUGAGGCUGUACAUCUAGCUCGGGAUUUUGGGUAUAUUUGUGAGACAGAAUUCCCAGCUAAAGCUGUAUCCGAAUACUUGAACAGGCAGCACACGGACCCCACUGACCUGCACUCCAGGAAAAACAUGCUGCUGGCUACAAAGCAACUUUGUAAAGAGUUCACAGAUCUUUUGGCCCAAGACAGGACGCCCAUAGGCAACAGUAGGCCCAGUCCAAUUUUGGAUCCUGGAAUCCAGAGCUGCUUGGCUCACUUCAGUCUCAUCACCCACGGCUUUGGUUCUCCAGCCUUAUGUGCUGCCCUCACAGCACUUCAGAAUUACCUUACCGAGGCCCUCAAAGGAAUGGACAAGAUGUUUCUGAAUAACAACAGUGCCAACAGGCAUACAUCUGGGGAAGGACCAGGUAGUAAAAAUGGAGACAAGGAAGAAAAACACAGAAAAUGAAAGAAGCACAUACUUUUAACACCUUUCAUUUUAGCUUUAAAAAAUAUUGGACUGGCUUUGGGAAAUACAAACAAAUAUAUAUAAAUAUAUCAGAACAAGCCCUGGUCUUGAACCAAGAGUUUGUGAUCCGGCAAACAACUAGGAGCAGGGGCUUGCGAUCAGAGGAACCGGAGAGUCUUCACUGGACUUUUUCAUAGUAACCCAAUCAUUUUUAUGGGCAAAAAAUAUCCCAGUUUUUAGAAUCUCCCCAAAUGGACAAUAAUUUAUUGGAAAAUAACUGAAAAAAUACUUCUUUUUUUUUUUUAAUUUUUAACAUUUCUUCGUUUCCUGAAAUGCAUGUCCACUGGUACAUGUUUCUUCAGAAUCAGAAAAAAAAAUAUAAAAAAAAAUAUGAGAAGAUACAUUUUGGGACAUUUCAGAUAUGAUGUUGACCCACAUGCGUGUGUGUGAAUCCACCACUAACUUUAACAUGUAUAACGUCUAACUCUGGACUUAAAUGGCAAGUCAGAAUAAUGUCUCCAAGAGGAUAUUUCGUCUUUUGUACAAGGCACAGGUGUCCCCCAUCCCCUUUCAGCUUUCUAGUCUCACAUUACAAUCAGACAUUUCAUUGUAAGAUAUGUGAUUUCAAAUUUCAACAUAAAUAUUUCCCAAGUG